AUGCCACCCCCACCCUCGCCCAUUAUAUUCGCCCCUAACUUUCUAGAAGCUUAUAGGGCGUCCAUAGGGACCGAUUUUAUUGUAGGGGCACUGAGUGUUUUCAUCUGGGAUGUUCUCUACAACCUUUGGGCAGACUAUCAAAUUAUCCGCCUGCAUGGUAUUAACUUCCCUACCAUGGUUUAUUUUCUCUCUAGGGUGUCAACACUUGGAUUCACAUUAAUGGGAGCCAUUGUUAUAUCCAUGCCGGUAAAGGAUUGUCACAGCUUCCAGCAAGGAAUUCUGGCGCUUUACGUGAUCCUCAUCUCAAGUACAAUGUUGCUCUCAUACUUCAGAGUCUGCGCUGUUUGGGCUAAGAACUACUAUAUCAUUGGCAUUUACCUCCUCCUAUGGCUUACCGGCGUCGCUGGCUCGCUCACGGUAUUUAGCGGCCUGCCAUUCACGCACUUGGAAGGAUCCCCAUAUUGCCUCGAAUUUGUCCUGCACGGCUUCGUAGCAGCAGCCGUUUUUGCACCCACGAUUAACCAUGUCCUCGUAUUCUUUGCGAUAGCAUACGGAGUCUGCAAAGCACAUAUACUUGCGACCCACCAAAAACUAUCAAUUAGCUCGAGCUACCGGGUAUUUUUCUUCGGGGACUCCCUACCCGCAUUCUCAAAAACAAUGUUGCAGGCGAGCCAACUGUGCUAUCUAGUUGCUGUUCUUUCCGGAACAACGGCAGUGAUAUGGUUCUAUGUAUACGCCUCCGACCCUAAUUAUCGACUUGCAAUAUUUGUCCCUUACGCUGUGAUAGUAAACAUUAUGUUCAGCUGGGUCUUCCGCUCUGCCAAGCUUACAUCUGGUACGAUGCCCAACGGCGUGCCAUCUCCAGCUGUAAACCCAUAUCCGACCGCAAUGCAAACACGACGCAACGAGUUUGAAAUGACGCGAACGGACAACAGUGAAGGAUUGAGUAGAUACCCUAGCUUGCCGAUACAGAUAGAAGUAAACAGAGUGGUUGAUCUGAAGGGAGAUAUGACACCUGAUGGGCACAGUGAAAGGAAACCAACGGGGACAGUAGACUACAUAAAGUUUGGCACUGGUAGUGUAGAAUAG